AUGGCGGAGGAGGAGCGCGUGUCGCACCCCGGCUUCAUCCCCGCGCGCUUCUCUGCGCUCCUCAUCAUCAGCGCGGCUCCGGACUCCAUCAGCAGGGACUUUAUCGCCUCAGAGCUCCACAGAGGGUUGAGGGUGUGGGAUGUGGAUCUGACGGCGUGUAAUCUGGAUGAAGAACUCAGAGUGUUUGUGAGUCGUCGCUCCUCUCAGAGCUGCAGUGAUGUUAAAGGUCAGCGGAUAUUGGAGUUCAGUACGAGUGUGUUCAGCUGCAGAGUUGUGUUCAAUCCAUCAGAGGAAACUCUUUACGCUCAGAUAAACGACCUGAUAACGGACACGUCUCUGCACAAGCUUCUGGUACUGGCCGGGUGCUCGCUGGAGGACAGCGGGGACCUCGUCUUACACACCGGACACUUCUCUUCAAAUCACUUUGUUCAGAUCUUUACAGAUGAGGAGAUUCAACAGCAACUAAACACUGCGAGCGUGACAGGAAAAGCAAACCUGACCCUUAGUUGCCCGAAGACUGGAACUUGGAAGAACUCCAUACUUGGGAAACACAAUUUACAAGAUGUAAUAGAUAUUAAGGUGAACCCUUUAAUGGUGCUGCCCAAAAUGGAUGGGCUCCAGGAGUUCACUGAUCAUCUCUGCGAGAACAUUGAGCCAUUAACUCCAUUUGAUCUCUUGGAACCCCCAGGCACAGUGGGGUUCCUCAAACUCUGUCGUCCCUGCUGCUACAUAUUUCCAGGUGGGAGAGGGGACUGUGCCUUUUUUGCUGUCAACGGAUGCAACGUCCUGGUCAACGGUGGCUCGGAUCCACGCUCUUGCUUCUGGAAGUUAGUCAGGCAUCUGGACCGUGUGGAUUCUGUUCUUCUCACUCAUGCUGGGACUGAUAAUCUUCCAGGGAUUAAUAGUCUUUUUGCCAGGAAAGUCGCUGAGCUCGAUGAAGAGAAUUCUGACUCAGAGAAGAAAGAAAAGUGGCUGAAAAAUUUGAUCUCUCCAGAGUUGGGUGUUGUUUUCUUUAAUGCACCAAAAAGGCUGAAAAAAUGUCAAGGUGAUACAAAUGUGCUGCGAAGUAGCGAUCAAGCCGGUCUUACGUUGCGUCACUUGGAGAAACUGAAGAUCUCAGCAGAACCACUACUUCGCAAUUCAAGUGGUCCUAUAGAACCAGUGAUUCUGUUUCAGAAGAUGGGAGUUGGGUGUCUUGAGCUUUAUGUUCUUAACCCAGUUAAAGGCAGCAAAGAGUUUGAGGACUUCAUGAACCGCUGGCCUGAAAACAGCAACAAUCCAAAAGGUUCUGAAAUUCCCCUUAGUUCUCUGGUGUCUAUUUGCACUUUACUUGCAUGGCAUCCUGCCAGUCCUCAUGAAAAGAUCAUACGAGUUCUUUUCCCAGGGUCAACACCACAAGCUAAGAUACUGGAAGGUCUAGAAAAGCUGAAGCACCUGGAGUUUCUCAAACGUCCUGUAGUGUGCUCCAAAGAUAUCGAGCCGAAGUCAGAAAAGCAUCCAAAAAGAGCUGAGAGCCAAGACAGCCUCAAGUCUCAGACCAAAGAAACCAGGACAAGCAGUGGCACAACGAAGGAGAAAUCAGUUCAUGGAAAUCCGGAGCCAAAAGACAAGGUCAAGCUCAAGUCUGUGGAUGGAGAUGAAAAACCAAAGUCUGUUGAAAAUGGUGUAAAGUCUAAACUGAACAAAACUAUUGCAAGGAAGGAAUCUUUUAAAACCAACAAAAAAGAUGACAGAAGUAGCAUGCCUGUGACAAAGAAACAGGAAACCGGACAGAGGAAAACGUCAGGUAAAAAGGAUUCCCCAGUGAACAAACAGAAGGACAACGAAAAAACUGAAGACAAAAAAAACAAUUUGAUGGGGAAAGAGACCAAGAAAAUGACUCCAAGGUCUGCAUCGCCUCCUGUAGACCCAAGUAAAUCUGCAGGUACAAAGAAAAAAUCAAUUAAAGUAAACAAAGGGACAGAAGACAAAGUAAAAAGCAACAAAUCUAACAAGGAGCAGCAAAACCAGAAGCUCUCAAGUGAUGUGGGUGCAGAUCCAAAACCCUCAGAGAUCUCUUUACCUGACGAUAUGACAGCAGAGUUUCUGGAAAUGGAGCAUGAGCAGUUACAUGAAUUGGCUUCUAGUAUCCCACUGAGGAAGGAAUCGGGAGGUGAAGUUGAUCCAAAAAACAGCUAUGAGAGUCCAGAGAAGUCUACAGAUGACAUACUGAAUCCAGUCAAGUUCACUGAGGCCUCUGGAAAUAUCAAGAAUCCAAAGACUGAGCGCAGUGUAAAUCUGGACCUUACACCCACUGAGUUUAGUUGGGUCGACGGCGCUCUGAAGGACAAUCCACCCCAAAGUGGCCAUGACGAAGUCUGCAUCAGCCCAGAUGAAAAGACUUUGGAGUUGAGUUCUCCAAGAUCUGGUCCAAACAGUGCUGGUCAUACGCCAUACCACAUAUCCCCUGAGGAGACUUGGGCCUCCAGUGACCGCAGCAGCUUAGCGGCUAAGAUGUGCUUGGGGUCAGACAGUCAGCAAGGAGCAUCAUGUAAGACUUCAGAGUCUGGAUGUCCCAAAAGUACACAAGAGAGCAACUCCAGUUCUUCUAAAGAGAAACACUCAAGUUUCCUGUCUUUGAGCUCUUUCAAGGACAUUAUUCCUGAUAUAUCACCCACAGUUACCACCACCACCCACUCAAUGCCUGCUGAAGUUAGCUCACCACAGUCCACUGAGGUUGAUGAGUCUUUAUCAAUGUCCUUUGAGCAGGUGCUUCCUACGGUGAGUGAAUCCACAAACGAGGACGAGACGUCCUACUCUAAUGGACACUAUGGAGAUCCUGACUUUAAAGUAGGCAUGUCUUUAUCUUUGAAGAUGGCACAUACCAAGAGGGUGAUGAACGACGCCCCAGAUGGACGUCCUUCUGGACCACAGAGUCUGAUGUUUGAUUCUGCUCAUGAUGUAGACCUUUGUUUGGUUUCUCCCUGCGAAUUUAAGCAUUUUAAACCUCUAGAGAAAGAUCAGCACACCCUUUCACCAGCACUUAUGGCUACCAGCCCUCAUGACUUCUCAGAUGAUAGUGAUCGCUCCCAAGAAGUGGUGAAGCCCCUGCAACAGGUGUUUUUUGGCAACAAGGUCAAUCACCCAGCCCAGGAAACUCCACUCACCUCUGCUAGCGACUAUUUUCCCACUGCCUCGGAUUCUGACCCCCCACCCGGUCUGGAGGAAUGCCCUUCUAUAACCGCAGAUGGUGCGUUAGAUUCGGAUGAGGAGGCAGGUGUACAGUGCUCCUCUGAGAACUUGAACCUGAACAAUUCACCACUUCAAGAUCCUCUUCCUGUUCCUCUCAAAGACUUCCCUCCUCUUCCUGCCCAGCCCGGGGCCUGCAUGCCUGAUCCUGGAAAACCUGGCAAAACAGGUGCAAAGAACAGAAAGACGACUGUGGUUGCUCAGAGGCUGAGUGCAUCUAGCAUUUCAGCACAAGCUAGUAAAACCAGAACAGGAAGUCAGAGUGGAUCAGCUGGGAGUCUGAGGUCAAAUUCUACUGUAGACCCUCCAGUAUCACGUUCUUCCCAUUUUGGUGCCAAACGAUUAACCACCACAGGUAUGAAGGGCAUCACCUCAGUGUAUUUAGACCUGGCAUACCUUCCGUCUGGAAAUGCAGCUUCCACAAUUGAUGUCGAAUUCUUCUGCCGUUUGCGAUCAUCCUGUUACAUUAUAAGUGGAGAUGAUGAUCUUAAAGAAGCCAUGAUGAGACCCAUUCUGGAUGCUUUACUGGAUGGAAAGUCUGUUUGGCCUGAAGAUGUGCCAGUGACGUUAAUCCCAACGUUUGAGUCAGUGAUGAUGCACGAGUGGUACCAUCAGACACAGGAGAGGCAGCAGCAGCUGGGCAUCACCGUUCUGGGGAGCAACAGCACAGUAGCUAUGCAGGAGGAGACGUUCCCCGCCUGUAAAGUGGAGUUCUGACACACAGUGGUAAAAUAGAGAAAGAAUGGGUAGAGAUCUAAUUUAAAAAAGUUUAAAAAAAAAAACAACAACAGAUAAUGGUCAGUAUAGUAUAGUGUUUUUGAAUCUAUACACACACUAACACACACAGAUUUAAUACAAAUACUAACACCCACACACACCUUGUUAAUGGUGUGCUAAUGAGCUGAUUGGGUUCUAACAAACACUAAACAUUAUUACACUAACUACUAUCCAGUCUUAUUACAAUUUACUCUGUGGGUUCUAGGUGGUUCUGGGUUUAGCCGACACCCUAGUGAGUACACUAAGUUUUGAGACGUUGUUUUAUUGCACUAUAUAGUGAUGCAUUCUAGGAUUCGGGGUGAACUCUUAUAACUUCGAAUGGUAUAGUCAUGAAUGUUAACAUUAUUUCCCGACAUGGAACCGGGAAGUAGAACGCAGGAAACCGCAGAUAACAAAAGGUUUUUAGCAUUUCAUUAUCACACACCACUGUGUGUUAAAGUUCCACAUUUAAUCAACAUUUAAACUCUCUCACUGAUGUAAUAAACACUCACGGUGUGUGUAGCAGUGUGUGCACGCUGUGUUUCCUGCAUGUGGUUCUAGUUUGUUUAUUUUAGAUAAAAAAAAAUACAACAGUUGUGAAAGAAAACUUUCCAGAACGCACGAGUAUAAUUCAGUUUAAGAAGCCAAAGUGUAGAAGUAGCUGUAGAGUGGAAGGACACGCACGUGUGAGAAUGCGUCUAAAUCAUUAACGAAAUAAGGACAUUCUGAUGAAGAAUAUUAUUAAUAUGAUCACAGAGUAAAUAAUACAUCAUGUAGAUACAGAAAAUAAAAAACGGCUUGCUACGUCUCUGAAUUUUUAGAAAUGUGUAAAGCACAUGUUAGUCAAGCUGCUUGUGUUUGUUUCCUGGGAAACUUCCUGAUUAGGCUUCCUAACAAAAUCCUGGCCCUUAAUUCCAGAGUGAAUCAACAAUUAGUGACUUUAUAGCAGUUUCUUUAUGAAGUGCAUUACUUCCCCAUGGGAAAAGUCAUUCCUCUGAACUGAUUUCUGCUCUUCAUCAAAAAUCUGUUUUUUUUUUGUCUUUUCUUUUUUGUCCUUUGUAGCUCAUGCUGUCUGAACAUUCUGCACAGUUCAGAGACAUUCUUUAAUAUAUUAUUGGAAAAAACACACAAAAACAUUCUGACCGCUGUAGCUAACAUUACUUUCAUAAUAAUUAUUAGUUAAUGUACAUCUAAAUGCAAAUGGGAUAUAGCCAAUCAGACGAGAGGAACACUUCUUUAAGACUCUCUAAGCCAGCUAAUGUAAUUUAAGCAUGAAACAAUCAGACAAUCUGAUUGUUCACCUCUGUAAAGGAAUGUUCAGUACACUCGCAUAUUGUUUGCCUGGUUUCCAUAACAACACCUGCCCCAUGACUACACCCACAGCAACAUUAGAGACGUGUCUGUCUGAGGUCCAGCUGAGGGACGUUAUGGUCAACUCGCUAGUCAGACUAUUUGUUAGCUAGCUAGAGCACGUUAGCCGGCUAGUUCUUUUAACUUAAAUUCAAAAUGUAGAAUUUUUAACAGUAAAAAUGGCCAAAAUCCUGCUGGAAUGAUAGACAGUCAGUGUAGUUAAAUAACACGUACAACAGGGAUUAGUAAUAUUUAACGGUGUGUUAGAGCCGGGCUCGUGAAGCACUUAGGAACGCUGACACGGUGAAAGAAAUCAAUGAUGUAUAAUGCCAGUGUUUGUGAUGUUCUUCUGCUGCUGUUGUGUGUUUAAUGUGCUGUGACUUUCUCCUGCUGAAUCGCAGGAUUUUAUUCUGAAACCAACUCCACAUGGGCACGAAACUAGUGUGUAAUAUAAAACAGAAGUGUGUAUGAUAUGGAUUUGUUAUUAAAAUACAAAUAUUAACUGGU